AUGCUCUCAAUCAAUGUCAUUGGUUCUCUGGCCUCAAAGUCAAUUCUACUAAUAGUUAUUUCAUCCGCAUCAGGUAUUGACAGUGCUGAAAAACAGAUGGUCUCACUCUCCGAUUGCGUUGGAUUUGCUAGUGGAACUCUUCCCUUGUGGUAUUUGGAAAUCUACUUAUGUUGUAAAGCUAAAUGUGGAGAUUGCAUUUCUCUUAUUGAGAAAGUUAUAGCAAGGAGAUCUUAUGUAGAUCAAAGAAAUAAGGGGGUUUGGGAAUUGCAAAGUCUGGUAAAUUUGAUCAAAGCCUUAGAGAUUUCAUCUGCUCAGUUAUCGGGGGCAGCUCACAAUUUACAACCACUGAGAUUAGCCAUUGCUGGUGGAUCUGCGGUUGGUGAUUGCUGCAACAGUUGCUCCACUUUAUCUGCUAUGUUGCUGCAUGGUCUUAAUUUGCAACCAUCGGUACAUUGUUAG